UUUUAGUUUGCUUGCAGUCCAUGUUUCGUGUUCUUAAUGGAAUGAACGCCGGUUUAACGAUUUUAUAUACUUUCUGUUCAAGUUCGAGUCGUUCAAACCUAAAAAUUCAAUCAUGGCAUCCAUACCGUCAGACGAAAAUAUCGGUUUGACACAAUUUUCAUACUCUCUGUUCACGGAAUUGGCAACUUUCCAGGAUGGUAAUUUGUUCGCAUCCCCUUACAGUAUUCAAUUGCUCUUGUUGCUUCUGGCCUUCGGAUCUAAGGGCAAUACCAGUAAAAGUCUCAUGCCAGCGUUGCGCAUAAGCAAAGAAAAUCUUAAAAAAAUAAAUAAUUCUUCCAACCUACACGAGGCACUCUUUAACAUACAAGACACAGAGUUUUUAAACAUUGCCAAUGGAAUUUUCGUGGACGAAGCAUUUCCAUUAAAUAAAGAAUUUGAAAAUAUUGGUCGUAAUUAUUUGAAUUCCGAAGUAAAAAAUGUUGAUUUCUUCGGUAACUUUUCUGCCUCAGGAUUUAACGCGUGGACCAGUAAUUUCACCAACGGAAAAAUUACAAAACUUAUUAAAACGGAUACAUUUCCACAGGAAACCAUGUUAGUUCUAACGUCGAUCGUCAAUUUUAAAAACGAUUGGGAAAAAGAGUUCGUGGAAUCCAAAAUGGGAAGGUUUUGCCUUUCAUCAACGAAUCAUAUCCAAGCCAAUAUGAUGCAUCUAACUGAAUAUUUCCCAUACUACAAGGACGAAAAAAAUAAAUUUGCUGCCAUCGAACUUCCGUACAAUGGAGGUGACUUCCAGAUGCUUGUUGUGCUACCAGAUGUGAUGGACGGAAUUAUAGCUUUAGAACAAUCGUUUCUGAGAGAUCCAACAAAUUUCAAUGCCCUCCUCGGCAAACUGGAAACACAUAAAGUAGUAUUGACUCUACCAAAGUUUAAAUUUGAAUCGGAUUUGGAUCUCGAGACUGCCAUAAGAAACUUAUGUUGUGUUGACAUAUUCACGUCACAUGCUGAGUUAUCUGGGAUAUAUUUGAACGGACCGCGUAACCUAAAAGUCAGCGAAAUCGUACAUAAGUCCUUCAUAGAAGUUAAUGAAAAAGGUACCGAAGCUUUCAGAGUUACUGGUGCCGCCAAUGUAACUGAAGUAUCAAAUCCCCCAUCGAAUAACACCAAUACUGUUAACUUCAAGGCGUGUCAUCCAUUCUUAUUUUUCAUAAAACAAAAUAGUAAAAUCAUUUUUAUGGGUAGAUUGGCCAACCCGAAUGCUUAAAUUUAUAAUAAAUGAUAUCAUAACAUAUAUACUAAA